CACAUCCACGCCUUUCUCCUUUCUCCUCUGCACAGUCUGCAGCCCAACCCCCUUUCACAUGAACUUGCUUUUUAGGCUACUUUCUAAAAGCCGAUUGAAUGAGGAACCAUUAGCGCGGCGUCUCAAUUAUUAGUGAGAAAUUGAAUAGGACUCGUCAUAUUAAUUCACUGUGUGCGAUCUUGCAAAUAUUUUUAACAAUCGGUUUGCUAAAUACCGCUCUGGCCUGUUGGAACAUUGUGUGAAAAUGACAGCAAAGCAUCGGGGAAAAGGAAAAAACAACCAUAAAAAUGAAGAGAACUCUUUCAGACACGAAGUCCUGGAGUCGGAGGCGCGUGGUGGAGGCCAUCACUAUACACUUUUGUUCAUUUUAUUUCUAAUGAUUGUAAUCGGGGGUGCUACCGCAACAUGGUUCUGUGUCCAGCAGCACCAAACUAUAACCUACUUAGCAGACAACCUCAUGGGCAUGCAGAUGAAGAUUGUGAAGUUACAGUCCUUCCAGGAAGAAAUCCGACAGUCAAGUAACAAGCAAAGCUCUGAGGGCAUAGAGCUCCGCCUGAAUGCCCUGGAAGAGUCCUAUGCAUUGGCACAGAAGCAAGUGGGCAUGGCCAUGGCCACGGCCGAGCAACUGAAGACCUCUGACCUCCCUGCCCAGGUUCUCUCUCUCCACACUGAGAUGAAGGCCCGUCUGUCUGAGAUGCAGCAGGCCACAGUGUCUAUGGAGCAGCUGACCCAGCUCCAGGACCUGCUCAAGGGGAAGAGUGAAGAGUUCCAGGCUGUCAGGCUGGAUGUGGAGAGUCUGUCGGGAAUGAGCGAUGAGCUGGCCCAGAGUGUGGAGGCCCUGACAGGCAACCUGGCCUCUGCCGAGUCCAAGCUGGAUGAAAGAGUUGAGCUGGUGGACACUCUGAGCUCCAGCCUGGACGGCCAGGCUUCUGAGCUCUUUCUUCUAAAGGAGCAACUGGCCAAUCACCAGGCUCAGCUGGAGGCCAGUACACUGGAGAUUGCAAACUUCAGAGAGCUUCUAGAGGUGCAGCAUUCCCAGUGGGCCCAGCUGGCUGGUGUGCAGGACCAGCUCAGUACGCCAGAGCCUGUAGAGCAGGUAGAAGAAGAGGCUGUUCCUGCAGCUGACACAGAGGAGUCCCAGCCAGAAGAAGCUGCUGGAGGAGAGGAGGUGCCUCAUUUGGACGGGUUGCCUGUAGAACUGGAGGCCCUGAUAGCCGAGGAACAGAGUGCUCCUGCUGAGAAAGAAGUGAUGGAGGUAGGAGAACUGGAGGAGGAUGUUGCAGAUGAGCAACCAGCUCCUGCAGAGGUGGAGGUGGAGGUGGAGGAAGAAGGAGAACUGAAGGAGGAUGUGGAAGAAGAGCAGUUGGCACCUGUGGAGGAGGAGGAAAAGGUGGUAGAGGAACACAUUGCUCCUAUAAAAGAGGAGGACAUGGCUGAUCCUGCACCAGAGGAGGUAUUUGAAGAGGAACCAAUAGGAGAAGAGAGCCUGGAUCUGGAGGAACAGGAGGUGUCUGAAGGGGAGGAAGACUUAGAAGAGACCAUUGAAGAAGAAGAGGAGUUAGAGCAAACUGUUGAGGAGGAUGAUCCUCUGGAAGAAGAAUAUUGAAUGUAAUAUGAAAGGACAUUGUUCCACAGUCACCAAACUCAGAAGAGAAUGGACACGUUCAGUCUCCAACAUGACAAAUGUGAAGGCAUUUUUCAUGUUAAAUGUGCAAUACCAUGUUUAUCUCAGAGGGAAAUCUGGUCACAAGAAUUUAAUCAAUGUUUAAGUCAGAACUGUAUUUUACCUCAAUGUAGUGUCUGUAUGAGAGGGCUAUCAGGUUAGGCAAUGACUACUGUAUUCAGGGGUUACCUACCAAUACUAACCUCAUAAGCCUUAAUCUAUUUUAAAAACAUGCCUUUCUAAACAACUUGUUCCAUAAAUUAAAAUAGAUCACUAUUUUUCUGUAAUUAGUCCCAGGAACAAAACUGACAUGUUUUCAGACUAGAUAACAGCCAUAAAUUGUGCCUGUCUUGAUAACAUGUGAAUUGCUUUCCCUUUGUCAUUGUCUGAAAUGUGUCUGGGGGUUUUAUUGGAUUAAGGGACACAGCUAUCCAAAAUCUGUAUCCUUUUUGUUUACACAGGCAAACAAGCCUAGAAAAAGUAGUGAAAGUGAUACCUGUGAGAAAAAAAAAAAAACGAUUUCAAGUUUGACUUUAGUAGGCUGUAUGAAUAGUAGUGUAGUUGUUUAGUUUUCUUUUUUUACUGACUUUUUUCAAAUUUUCUGUCUGCCAGACAUGGGCAUAAGUACUUCAAACACUGAAGAUGUUUCUGAUUUGGCUUGCUAGGCUCAUUGGAUUGGCAGAGUUUGCACUUUUGAUAUGAUUCCAUUGACUCCACUGAGCACUGGCAAACUAUGAAUCAAUCUCAAUGCAAGCAUUUAAUUUAAGUAUUUUACAGUAUUUUAAGUCUGGUCUGUAUUCUUACAACACGCACUGUUACUGCCAAGGAUUGGGUAUACUCCCAAAGUUCAUCUCACUGAAUUCUCUGAUGUACGUUUUAGAUAAUAAAUCGUUUCUUCUUUUUUUAUCACUCAA